CGUCCGCAGCAGGAAACGCAUUUCGGAUACGAACUGUUCAACCAUGUGGACCAAGUCAAGUGUUGUCAUCGUUGCAAUGGCGCUGCUAGCAACAACUGGCGCCCAACCCGUAAGCCAAACCGAAAUGGAAUCGACACUCGGCACCGCCACCACCAGCAGACCCAAGCUGGUCAUCGAGGAGAUGGAACCGAUGCGGUACCACUUCGUCACGGAGCAUCGACCCACAUCCCUGGGCCAGAGCUACUACCUCAAACCGGGUCAGCCGGUGGCCAGUGUUACCCUGGACUCGGACACCCUGCAGGUGCGGCACGACCAGGACGACGGGAAGCCGGUGGCCAGCAAGCACAACAUCCUGUUCGUGGCCUAUGCCAAGGAGCUGGCCCAAAAGUCGAAGACCUAAUUGAUUUAAGGGUAUUUUUCAAAAUAAAUUAAGUAGUGGAAACAAAAUUACUUAGAACCAUUCUUUCACGCAAUUUCGAUGAUAUCUUGAAAAACUAACCCAGCAGAUGUUUAAUUUAAGCCCGCUUAAAUUAAUUGUCUUGACCUUCACACGCUACACAUUUUCACUGAACAAAAAUAUAACA